UCCAACCCGAAUAAACACGGACCCAAAAAGAACAAACCCGAAUAAACCGGUCCGAAAAAAUUGAUCCCCGACUUUAAAACAUUAAUAUCCAAAACAAUAAUUUGUGUGCUCUAUAUUUUAUAUUUUAUUUUAUAAUUUGGUUAAAAUAUAUUUUUAUUAACGAUCUUUGUUAUUAUUUUAUAGCAUUUUCAUUAAUAUGAAAUUUUAAAUGUAAAAUUAACGUUUAAAAUGUUUUAUUUUAAGUAAAAGUAGUUUAUUUUAAGUUAUUUUGUGAAAUUUUAAAUAUAUAUGACAAAUUUUAACUAAAUUUGAUGGAGUUAGGGUAUUUUGUGUCAUUUUCAGAUACUAAGUAUCCGGACUCGAAAAGAACCUAUCCGAACCCGAACCAGAAAUUAUAAGUAUAUAUUAGGUCCAAAUGUCUAGGAUCCGGAUCUGAGAGGAAUGACCCGAACCCGAUCCAAAGAUCCUAACGUCCGCUGCCCGGGCCUAAAUUUUACUAUUAAUCUCCUAGAUUUAGCACUUGGCAGACAAGUUGAUAAGUCAGGACGAUUAUCUGUUGGCGCCAAAGAAAAUGCUGUUUACUUCUGUUUGGUUGUCAUUGAUAUCAUCGUGCAUUUCAUCAACAGUACCGGUGUCGCCUGUCUACAUAUGUAUUUAACUGAAGAAUACUGACUGACCGUAACUAUAAUACAUGUAUGAAACACGUGACUGGUAAGCAAUCAUAAUCAUUUAUAAGCGAAACCAAAAAAAACUUAUAUAAAUAAUUGAUAUUUUGAUGUGAGGGACCUGCAUGCACCUAGAAGAAGGUGACAAAGUUCAUGGAUCUGUGUUCAACAGAGAUCUCAUGAUUUUACACCUUUAGUUUAUUUUCCUUUAUGCGUUGUCACACUUUUGUAUCUUUCUUUACAUUUUCCUUUUGUAUUUAGCGGUUCUACUAAUUUUCCGCAGAUAUUUUUUUUCUCAAGUUGGACAACAAUACACUGAUAGUUCCAGUACUGGUUCACGUGUAGGAAGACUCGUAUCAGAUAUCAACCAGUGAUAUGAAGGUUUGCUUGCACAUGUAUAGUCGGUGCUAAUAUAUUCUCCGAUUUAAAGAUCCAGUUUAAUUAAAUUUGAUCAGCAGAUCUAAAAGGCUCUCCUCCACGUUAUUUGUAGAAAGCCGACAAAAGUACUAACUAAAAGUAAUAAUAUGUUUUGUUUCAAACAUUGUCCUAAAUCAAAAACCAUUUGUUUAUGACAACAUUGAAGGUUUGGGGGAGAGGUUCCCUUGUCCAUGUAUGUAAUGUAUUGUGCACUUAUCUAUUUCUAUCUUAAGGAUUUAACAAGUAAUGUGAUAAGGGAGGUAAGGACACUGCUUCUCUAUCUUACACCUCUCAAGUAACCUGUUUAUGUUAUGUACAAUCCACUCACAGCUUCUAUGGCUUCACCUCACAAUACCCUGGCUCAUCCUAUUGGUUCACCUUCAUUGGCUUUAGUUUCUGACGUGCUUGCGGGUAGACACGAUCUUUCUGAAGACAACAGCAAGUUAUUAGAUAAGCUAAUGUUUAUUUGGACAUAAUUAACUGUGAAGAGAAGCUGCCUUACCAGUGACAUUGGUGAUAGCAUCAAAUUCUUUUGAGCAGCAAGUGCUUUUAAGUUGUUACCAGUACCUAACAUCAACAAGCUCCUCAUAAGCUGCUCCUGAUUUUUAGGACUAGGAUACUUUGCCGCAGCUUCUUCAAAAGCAUGCAAGUCGCUGGGAGUGAGACAAGGGAGCGAAAGCAAAACCUGACAACAAUUGAAUAAGCAGUCAAAACCAAGGCAAAUGAAGUGGAAUCGGGACUCGAUCUGGACACAGCCGGAUGAAACAUUGGUUUUGGCCCUCAAGUCCUUACGUGUUCGACAAAUGAAGAAUUUUCAUUUAGCUUUGAUGAUUUCUCAGGGAACACCAAUGAUGCUAAUGGGAGACGAAUAUGGACACACCCGAUAUGGUAAUAACAAUAGCUACGGACAUGAUACUGCUCUCAACAAUUUCCACUGGAAAGAGCUCCACGCAGAGAAGGAGAGCCAUUUCAGGUUCUUUUCAGAGUUGAUUUCCUCAGCAAAAGCGUGAUUACGUGGCAUGAAGAUUAUUGGGACAAUCCUGAGAGCAAGUUCCUAGCUUUCACGUAAUUGACAAAGAUGUCUCAUUCUUUCUAUUGUCGCUUCUAACUAUUUGAUUAAUAUGUAAAACUCUAAAAUAGACGACAUUUCCAUUCAAAAGAUACAAUAUAUACAAAUAUAUAUAUCGAGCAAUAUGGUAAGUGUAUGUUUGUUUAAGGUUUU